CCUGCUGAUAUAAAUAAGGCAUAAAAAUGUUCUUGAGGGAGACAGUGUUCACUUGUGCACCGCUGGAUAGGAUUUGAUUGGCUCGCUUCUGUGCGCAACAUCUACUGCGUGCGUGCGUGUGUGUGUGUGGAUUCCUUCCGUGUACCUGCACCGCUGAAUUGCGUCAUAUCUGGGGAUCAUAUUUUUUUUUUUUAAAUGGCCACGUCAGAACCGAGAGCCACCGGGGGGGACCAAGACCCCAACACCGCCAAUUUAAGACCCCCAUCCACAACCUACGAGUAUGCGUGGAUGCACGGAUGUACACGGAAACUCGGCAUGAAGAUUUGCGGGUUCCUGCAGAAGAACAACAGCCUGGAGGAGAAGGGCCGACUGGGCCAGAAGAACCUGCUCUCCUGUGACAACAGUGACAGGGAUGCUCGCUUCCGACGCACCGAGACCGAUUUCUCCAAUCUCUUUGCCCGAGACCUUCUGCCUGCAAAGAAUGGAGAAGAACCGACCAUGCAGUUCUUAUUGGAGGUGGUGGACAUCCUUACCAACUACGUGAAGAAGACUUUCGACCGCUCUACCAAGGUGCUGGACUUCCACCACCCUCACCAGCUCCUGGAAGGGAUGGAGGGCUUCAACCUGGAGCUUUCCGACCAGCCGGAAUCUCUGGAGCAGAUCCUGGUGGACUGCAGAGACACGCUCAAAUAUGGCGUCCGGACAGGUCACCCUCGCUUCUUCAACCAGUUGUCCUCAGGCCUGGACAUCAUCGGCCUUGCCGGGGAGUGGCUCACCUCCACAGCUAACACCAACAUGUUCACCUAUGAGAUAGCGCCGGUGUUUGUGUUGAUGGAGCAGCUGACGCUGAAGAAGAUGAGAGAGAUGAUUGGCUGGCCCGGCGGAGAAGGAGACGGCCUUUUCUCUCCAGGGGGCGCCAUUUCUAACAUGUACAGUGUGAUGAUCGCACGUUACAAGUACUUCCCAGAAGUCAAGACCAAAGGCAUGUCCGCAGCUCCACGCCUGGUUCUCUUCACAUCUGAACAUAGCCACUACUCCAUAAAGAAGGCCGGUGCUGCUCUGGGUUUUGGCACCGAGAACGUGAUUCUGUUGAGCACAGAUGAGAGGGGGAGGGUCAUUCCUGCUGAUCUGGAGGCCAAGAUUAUUGACGCCAAACAGAAGGGUUACGUGCCGUUGUUUGUCAAUGCCACGGCUGGUUCCACCGUCUACGGAGCCUUUGACCCUAUCAAUGACAUCGCUGACAUCUGUGAGAAGUACAACCUGUGGCUCCAUGUUGAUGGCGCUUGGGGUGGUGGACUGCUGAUGUCCAGAAAGCACCGCCAUAAGCUCAGCGGGAUCGAGAGGGCCAACUCUGUGACAUGGAACCCUCACAAAAUGAUGGGUGUGCCUCUGCAGUGUUCCGCCAUCUUAGUCAGAGAGAAGGGGUUGAUGGGAGGGUGCAACUCCAUGUGUGCUGGGUAUUUGUUCCAACCGGACAAGCAGUACGACGUCACGUACGACACCGGAGACAAAGCCAUCCAAUGUGGGCGACAUGUGGAUAUAUUUAAGUUCUGGCUCAUGUGGAAGGCCAAGGGUACCAUUGGGUUUGAGCAGCACAUCGACAGGUGCUUGGAUCUGUCUCAGUACCUGUACAACAAGAUCAAGAACAGAGAAGGGUACCAAAUGGUGUUUGAUGGAGUGCCCCAGCACACCAACGUUUGCUUCUGGUACAUCCCGCCCAGCCUGAGGGGGAUGCCGGAGAGCGAGGAAAGGCGGGAAAAGCUCCACAGGGUCGCACCAAAGAUCAAGGCCAUGAUGAUGGAGUCAGGGACCACCAUGGUGGGCUACCAGCCUCAGGGUAACAAAGUCAACUUCUUCCGCAUGGUGGUCUCCAACCACGCGGCCACUCAGUCUGACAUCGAUUUCCUCAUCGAUGAGAUAGAGAGGCUGGGUCAGGACCUGUAGACCCCCCCCCCCCCCCUUUUAAGCACCAAUGCUGUUCUUUGUGUUGUAUUUUGACGGCAAACUCAACAAAAAGACUGGAAGACAACCCCGAACCUCCCGCCCCCAAAAACCCGUAUGCGUAUGAGCACAUAGUUCCGGGUAACUAAUGGAUGCGUGCGGGGACUUCCUGUAUUGCGUGUGUUCAAUCUGGUGUCAUUUCAUGUCGAUUGUGGUUGAAUAUGUAAAAGCACGGAUGAAGAAGGGAUGCUCGUUAGUGAAUAAUAAUAAUGAAUAGUGAAUAAUAAUAAUAAUAAUGAAUACACGACAUAGCUAAUACAUGUAAUAAGUGGUUCCCAAACAUUAUAUAUUACAACUGAAAUGAUGGCUGUGAAUACUUUUACAUCUCAAAAAAUGCCGGUUGCCUCAUUGUCUCUUUUUCAUAUGCAAUCAUGUGAUACCCGUGUGUGUUCUGAAAUAAUAUCUAGUAAUAUUUGAUUAUAUAUAGAUUAAAAAAAAAAAGAGAUUGAAAUUCAGGUAUUUUAAUGUAUCUUCAUGUGUACUUCAUGGUGAUGAUUUGUAAUAUGUAAAUCACAGGACAUGAUGAAUUCUAUAGUGACUGUCAGCCAAAGAAAAGGAGAAAAACAGAGCGUAAACGGCGCGAGUCAUGAUUCCUCGUGUGUAACUCACUCGAUGUUCGUAAGAUGUAGUCUUUUGACACCCUCGACGGCGAUGCAAUUUUUAUUGUGCGCUUCUUUUCUGUGAUUUUUGAGUCUUUUGAACGUCUGAGGUGACUGACCGGCGACUUUGCGACAGGACGGAGAAAGACGUCUGGCUGUUUGUUGGGGAUGUGCAAGGGAUGCGAGAAUGUACUCUCUAUCUCUCUCGUAUAUGUCAGAAUUCUAAUGCAUUUACUGUAAUAUAGUAUAUUUAUUGUAAUACAUAUUAACUGUAUACCCAGUAUUAUGGGAGCUCAGUGGAAUAUCUCGUUCAAGGAGCUCCUGUUUGUGUCUUUGCACUAUGUUCACCUUUCCUCCAUUGUAAAUGGACGUUGUAGACUUGCAGUAUUCUAUAGAGUUAUUUAACACAACCUUGAUGGUAAACCGAGGACCAUUAUGUCAAUGGUGCAAUUGCAUAAAUCAUAUUGAAAUAGCCACUCCUGGAUGUGACCGGUAUGGUUUUUGAGCAGCUGUAGAGGAAUGUUUCACAGGAGAUACGCUGGAGGCACUUUAGCAAAAAAAAUAAAUACAAAUAAUAAAGUCUAUUCAUGUUAAAGCACA